UCUAAUUCUCUCUCUACGCCUCUCUCUCUCUCUCUCUCUCUCUAACUUUUUAUACUAGUAGCAAUAAGGAGGGACAGCACAAGGGACCAGUUCAUCCCUGGUUGCCUCUCAUAGUCAUCUCUAGAGAGAGAAAGAGAAAGAGAGGAGAGAGAAAGGAGGAGUAACUCCAGUACUAGAGACACAGACACCCACCAAGGCCAAAGCAUAAGCACGAACAAGAGAAGAGAAGAGCACCAAGAAGCUUCUCCUCCGUCUCCCCUCCCUGUCCUUCCGGCAUAUAUGUAUAUAUCCAUCGAUCGUAUGAGCUCUCCAGGCUAGCUGGGGUGCCAUACCGCCGCUGCUCAGGAGAGAGGAAGAGGGAGGAGACAAGGGUCAAGGGUGCGCCGGUGUGGGCCGCGUGCACACGUGCGAUCAGGGGCAGGAGAAAGAGAGACGCGUCGGCGGCGGCGGGCUAGACGAUGGAGGCGAGCUCGGCAGCGUCGCCGGACCUGUCGCUGCACAUCAGCCUGCCGAGCAGCGCGCCGGGAUCCGGGCCGUCCGGCGGGCGCUCCGCGGUGGGGGGAGCAGGAGGAGCCGCGGGGGGAGACCCGUGGCGGAGGCUGAACGGGUCCACGGCGUCUACGGAGCUGUCCCUGUCGCCGCCGGCCGAGCAGGAGGCGGUCGCGCUGCCGUGGCGCCACCGGUCCACGGCGGCGGCCGCGUCUUCCGCGGCCACGACGUCGACGGGCGCGGCCCUGAUGCCCAUGUCGAUGCUGCAGACGCUCGACGCUGGGGGUGGGCCUGGGGUAGUCGGUGGAGGAGGCGCCUCGGCGGCGGCGCCAAUCCGGGGUAUACCUAUCUACAACGGCCCGGGGGGCUUCCCGUUCCUGCCGCCGGCGGCUGGGGGAGACGGCCACCACCCGAAGGUCGGGUUCUACAGCUCCUACCACCCGGCCACGUGGCCCUCCUCGCUGGGCUCCACGUCGCCGUCGCCUCUCGCGCCGGGGGCGCUGCCCGACCCCGCGUCGGCGUUCCUGUCCCCCGCCGCGCACCACCACCACCGGAUGCUGUCGGCGUCGGGCAGGUUCAACGGCAUGCUUUCGGACACCCUCCGCGGCUAUGGCGCCGGUGGAGUCGGCGGCCUAGGCGGCAUCGGCGGGCAUCACCACCACCUGCACGGCUCGCAGCCCUUCGGCCUGGCCUCCCGGUUCAUGCCCAAGCUCCCCGCCAAGCGCAGCAUGCGCGCGCCGCGCAUGCGGUGGACGAGCACCCUCCACGCCCGCUUCGUCCACGCCGUCGAGCUCCUCGGCGGCCACGAAAGGGCGACGCCCAAGUCGGUGCUCGAGCUCAUGGACGUGAAGGAUCUGACCCUAGCGCACGUCAAGAGCCAUCUCCAGAUGUAUCGAACCGUGAAGAGCACUGACAAGCCUGCGGCAUCCUCAGGGCCGAACGACGGCGGCUCUGGAGACGAGGACUUCCCCGGCGCCGGCCAGGCCGCGUCCGGCGGCGACAACAUGAGCCUGAGGCAGUUCCCGGAGCACCGGUCCACCUCCGAGGGCGCGGCGAGCUCGGUGGGCGGCGGCGGUGGCGACAUGGACCAGUCGUCGGCCGGGAACACCAGCACCAGGUGGAGUAACUCAUCAAGGGACCCAUGGCUGUCGUCAAAUUCAUGCAACAUGGACGCUCAUCGCUUGGCUGGACUGUCUUCUCCGAUUGAGAACGCGGAGCCUUGCCGAUCGAGCAGCUCGCAGGUGUCCAACCACGAGCUGAGCAGCCCGAGCCUCGAGUUCACGCUAGGGAGACCAGAUUGGCAGGGCGCGGACCAUGACUAACAGUCAAGAUCACAGAACCUAGCAAGGCUGAUUUGUUUGUUCAGAUAUAGUAGCAGUACUGAUCGUCAUGCUUGGUUUCCAACUCCUCCGCGACAACGAGAAGUUUUCAGGGAAGAGAAUUGAUGAACAACAACCGCAUUUUCUCCGGGAGGCUCACCGGAGCAUAUAUCGGGAAAGAUUUACCGGAUCUCUGAUCUAUAUUUGGGUUUGUUAAUUAGUUGGCCAUGUUUCUGAUUUCCUUUUCUUUCUUUCUUCUCUCUUUCUGUGGCGAGGUUACAGUGUUGUUGCAGGGAGUAGUAGAUGACAAUGAGAGGUGUGUGCGAAUCUGUGUUUGGUGACUUGAUGUGUUCUGGUGUGGGAGGGACGGAUCAUUAGCGCAUGGAAAGUUGGAAAGGAUAAAAGAAAGAAAGGGGAAUGAGUUCUCAUGAAGCAAUCUAACUGAGAUGCCGAUUCGGUCCUUUUUGUGCAUGUGUGUGUGUGAUCUCUUCU